UUUUCACUGAAUUGUCCCACAUUUACCCUUGUCACCUUUUUUUUUUUCCCUCUUUUAUUUUUUCCGUUUUUUUUUUCUCUCUUUUUUUUUUCUUAAAUAAUGAAACGAUUCACACAAGACAAUCCCCUUGGGAAACAUAUCCCAGUUGACCUUGUCAUUGAUGAUUCACCAGUCUAUUUUAUCGGUCCAGCAAGUAGAGACAAUCCAAUGUCUCAAGUGAGAACAAAGCUAUUAGGAACUGUUCAUUUUUAUGAUAGAAAGAUAAAGUGGAAUAGAGUCACACUUCAAUUUGUGGGUAAAGCGGGUAUCGACAUCGAAGUACCUCGAUCUGCUCUUCCUUCUGUAUUUGCUGGUGAUAUGGAUGAUUCAACAAGCACAAGGAUACAUACAGUUGUGCCCAUUUGUGAAGUAGAAAAGGAGCUCAUCUUCUCUGGUGAAGAAUCAAUCGACUUUGGACUACAUUUACCUUCUCACUUGCCUGCUAGUAGCAGAACCCGUCACGCUUUUGUAGAAUAUACCCUUAUUGCUAAUUUCUCAGCUGGAACCUUUUUCAAAAAAUACAAGACACAUAAGACAGUGACGAUCCAUAGACAUUAUCUUCCAAGUCCAAGUGCUAUGAUUCCCACGAUGGAGUAUUCUGGUGUAAAAGAGUGGUUUGAGUGGUCGGCUGAGUUACCUAAGGCUGCUGCUAUACAAUCAGGUGAAAUAGUAAUCGCCUUUCGUUGUAGUGUAGAAAAGGAAAGGGUGCAAGUAGAUAGGAUUGAGUUGGCUGUAGAAGAAAUAGAAAAUUACAGAUUUUGUACCAAACAGGGAGUUCAAAACUUACCUCCUAUUGUCACAAGAUUUCCUUCAGCAGUGUAUCAUAUGCCCUCAUUUUCAGAAUACUCUGAUACUCACUUCAUUCGAACUCCCUUAUCUAUCAGCACAAAUCCCAAAGUUAGAUCAGUACGCACUCACCAAUUCGACCCUUUUCUCGAGGUGAACCAUCAAUGUCGACUGACAGUACACUUUAACAAACUACCUACCAUGGACGUUGAGCCUGUAGUACUUGAAUUUCCCAUCAUUAUCACAGAUUACCCCUCAACUACUAUACCUGAUACAUCCUUAUCUACUGACUUCAUAUAUACGGAAACAGAACCAUCUCACUCGAACGGCCGAACCAUCGUUGGAAACGGAGGUGAUGAUGCUGUCAAUGUGGACCUUGACCUGCCUGAAUAUACACCGAGAUAUGAAGAAUCUUCAUCAGCAGCCACAAGUGUAGUGUAGACACAUUCUAAAUAUACUCUAAUCUUUUUGUAAAUAUAUUCAAUCAA